CUGGUGUGAUAUGUGUCGUGUAUGGAGCUCUGUUGAAAAUUCAUAGUUUUGAGUGGUAAAAAGUGGCCAAAAAAUUUGGAAUUUUCGUGCAAAUAUUAGUAAUAAGUGCAGUUAACAAUUCUGUGAAGUGAGACCUGCAUGCAAUCUGCUUAAACAAAGUUACUUGAAAUCUUCCUGAUUUUAUAUGGAAGCAGCGUCACUUUUUUGCGACACAUUCUGUGAGAAUACAAGGACUAGUAGCUCAGUUUUUUUACUGUUACUGGGUUUACGAGUAAAAUAAAUGGGAUGGCGGAGGUAACACCAGAAAUCACGAUAAAGCACCUCUAUAUCCUCAUAUUGGCCAACAAUACUGAAAUAAAGGAGGAAAUCAAGGCACUAACUCGUGAAAUACAGAAUUUAAAGGAAGAUUACGCAAAACAAUACCACGAACUAGGGGAAGAAAUCACUGCUCUAAAACAAGAGAAUCAAAAACUAAAAGAGAAGGUCAAAUCGGUGGAACGUAAAACUAAAAAAUAUAACUUUUAUGAUCUUAAAAAGGAAAAUAGCAAGUCCGCAGACUUGGAUUAGCUGGUUACCAUUGUAAAUAAAAAACUGGAGCUGGAAUGCAAAUCUUCCGAUUUUAGAGACUUCUAUAGGUUGGGGCGAUCAGUUGCGGGAAUGAUCAGGCCUUUGAUGGUGGAGUAAAUCAAAUAGCUGAGAGGCAGUGGUAUCUAUAUUGCACCAGAUCUCACUGACGCCGAUAAAAAUAUACUAGUGUCGUAUUUCAAAUUAGCAAGAACCCUCAAUUUGCAAGCUAAGAUACAUAAACAGGGUGUAACUAUUGAACAACAAGAAUAUGCUGCCUUGGACGUGCAAAAGGAGGUACGAACCAUUAUAAAAUCCGCACAACAAGCGGCUUCAGAAAAAGAAACUCGAUACCUGACGCCCCGUAGGAUAGGCCCUGGGCCCAGUGAAAGUCGCAGGCGGACAAAAGCCGGAAAAUAAAAAAAUAAAAAUUGAUGAGAAGAAGUUUUGAAGAUAUAUACCAGGUCUCAGAAAAAAUAAUGUUUGGUGUCACCUUUUUCUGUGUAUACAGACUUGACUCCCUUGCAAAAAAAAUUAGUGUCCAGUGUUUGUGUGUGCGCGUGUAAAUUCUUUAAAACAACGUAAACAUAGUUUAAAAUUGUUUUAUUUUACUUGACUAAUUGUGUGAACUUUGAGGUCUUCUUGCAGAACGUUGGAUUUUAGGAAAAAUGAAGGAUAUCCCGCUUACUACUGAAUUUCCUGUCUCGGGCCUCUUACCAAAAAAGGAAACUGGAGUUACUUCAUUUUUGAACAAAUAUCCGAAUUAUGAUGGGAGAGGCACUGUCAUAGCUAUUUUGGAUUCUGGUAUUGACCCAGGUGCCCCAGGAUUACAACAAACUAUUGAUGGUAAGAUUAAGAUUAUAGAGCGUUUUGACUGUAGUGGUUGUGGAGAUGUAACCACUGUAAAUGUUACCCCAAUUGAGGGCUAUAUUGAAACCCUUUCUGGGAAGAAACUGAAGAUUCCCUCACAUUGGAAAAAUUCUGAUGGUACUUAUAGAAUCGGUCAAAAAAAUGCUUUUGACUUAUAUCCUGAUAGGUUAAAAGAACGUAUUAAGAGUGAAUAUAAAAAGAAACAUUGGGAUGAAAAUCAUCGGAGAGCUGUUAGUGAUAUCAGUAGGGAACUUGCAGAGUUUGAUCAAAAACACCCUAAUAAUGCUAUCUUUACCAGUGCAGAAAAAAUGGAAAAAGAAAAUUUGGAUGCUAAACUUGACAUACUAGUGAACUAUGAAAAGAAGUAUAAUGAUCCAGGUCCUGUAUAUGACUGUAUACUUUUUCAUGAUGGAGACAAGUGGGUGUGUUGUGUGGACACAUCUGAAGAUGGAGACUUAUCAAAAUGUCCUUUGAUAGGAGAAUACAGCAUCACUCAUCAAUAUGAGCCUUUAACUAAACAGGAUAAGAUGAACUUCAGUAUUAAUGUACAUGAUGGGGGAAAUGUACUUGAACUGGUUGGAGUAUGCUCAAGCCAUGGGACGCAUGUAGCCUCAAUAGCAUCGGGGUAUUUUCCCGACUCUCCAGAGCAAAAUGGUGUAGCCCCAGGAGCCCAGAUAGUGUCACUGACUAUAGGGGAUGGUAGACUGGGAUCCAUGGAAACGGGUACAGCACUGAUAAGAGCUAUGAUCAAAAUAACAGAGCUCAAAAAGAAGAUGAACAUCCAUGUCAUCAACAUGAGUUAUGGCGAACAUGCACAUUGGGUUGAUGCAGGGAGAAUCGGAGAUCUCGUAAAUGAAAUUGUGAAUAAAUAUGGAGUUGUUUGGGUAUCCUCUGCGGGCAAUAACGGACCUGCUCUAGGAACUAUAAGUACACCAUCAGACAUCAGUAAUGAACCAAUCAUAAGCGUUGGAGCUUAUGUUUCUCCAGAAAUGAUGAUAGCUGAAUAUUGCAUGAGACAAAAAUUACCAGGUUCCCCGUAUACUUGGUCUUCCAGAGGACCUACCAUCGAUGGAGGUGUAGGUGUUCACAUAUGCGCACCAGGGGGUGCUAUAACAUCAGUUCCUAACUUUACAUUGAGGUACUCUCAGUUGAUGAAUGGUACCUCGAUGGCUUCUCCUCACGCAGCGGGAGUAGUAUCCGUUUUGAUCUCAGGUCUAUUGCAGCAAAACUUGCCAUACUCACCAUACAGUAUCCGACGAGCUUUAGAAAAUACAGCUACCUUCCUAGAGGGUGUUGAGAUACCAGCACAGGGUAAAGGACUGAUCCAAGUUGAAAAAGCAUUUGACCAUUUAGUGAAUUAUAGUAAUGAACCUGAAUUGAAUGUCAGAUUCCAGGUUCAAUGUGGAUCUUCAAAUUCCAAAGGCAUAUACAUGAGAUCUAAGGUGCACAACCCAGUACAAACGUUCAAAAUAUCCGUCGAACCUCAUUUCUUAGACUCCGAGAAUGUAGAUCCCGAAAAGAAGAUCUACUAUAACCAAAAAUUCGUUCUGACUUGCAGUGCGACCUUCGUGAGUUGUCCAAGUCACUUGGACUUAUCCAACGUAGUUCGAAUGUUUGCUGUAACUAUAGAUACGUCUUCGUUAAGCGAGGGACUUUACGUCACUUUCAUCAACGCAUAUGACGUAAAAUGCGUGGAGAAAGGGCCAGUAUUCAAAAUACCUAUAACCGUUAUUCAACCAAAGGAAGUGACUAAAGCAAAGCAUGUGGUUAAUUAUAAUAAAGUUAAUUUUAAACCAAACACGAUCAAGAGACAUUAUUAUACAGUACCAAACAUGGCUACUUGGGCCGUCUUGAAACUAACUUCUGAUGAUGAUAAUGGAAGAUUUGUCAUCCACACACUCCAAGUGGUCCCCAGGCAACACUGCAAGGCAUUAGAAAUGAACAAAACAGUACCUGUUACUUCAAAAUCAGACGCAUUCGUUUGCUUCCCCGUGAAAGGAGAUUUGAUUCUGGAGCUAGUCAUAGCAAAAUAUUGGGCUAACUUAGGAGAAGCAAAUCUGGAUUUUUCUCUGUCAUUCAGUGGGGUGAAACCAAACCAACCUUGUAUCACUAUGCAUGCUGCAGACGGCAUACAUACAGUGGAGGUGAAAACUUUGCAAGGAGAGGAUAUUGCCCCUUCAGUAAACCUCAAGACGUCCGUCCAGGUGCUAAGACCUGCAGAGCACAAAAUUGCCCCUCUAACGUCUAGGGACAUAAUACCUCCAAACAGGCAGAUAUACGAGCUGGUCCUAGUAUACAAUUUCACGCUAGCCAAACAGUGUGAAGUAUCGCCAAAUUUGGCGCUGCUCAGUGAUAUGUUGUAUGAAUCGGAGUACGAGUCACAAUUUUGGUUGUUAUACGACUCCAAUAAACAACUUAUGGGAUGUGGUGAUGCUUAUCCUUCCAAGUAUUCGAUAAAAUUGGAGAAAGGUGAAUAUACCCUUCGAUUGCAAGUAAGACACGACAAAAAGGAAUAUCUUGAAAAAAUUAAUGAAGCGCCCAUGCUUCUAAAUCAAAAAUUGAACGCUGCUAUCGCAUUAGAUACGUAUCUCUCGUAUUCACAAGCACUUAUUGGUGGUAAAAAGGCUGGCGUAACUUUUAACUCGAACCCUUAUGCUGCUAUACCUUUGUAUAUUGCUCCCCUGGCUUCAGACAAAUUCCAGCUAAAAUCGAACAAUCAUGCCCACUAUUUAACGGGUACUAUAAGUUAUGCUAAAGAUGAAUUUGGCAAAAAGGCGGAUGUCUAUCCUAUUAAAUAUAUUCUGAUGGAUGGAAUCAGUACAAAGAAAGCUAAUAAUGGUGGUACUUCCGACAAAACUAAGCUAGAGGAAUACAAUGAAGCACUGAGAGACUUGAAAACCCAAUGGCUGUCAAAAAUCGAUUCCACGAUUGUUCCAGCAAUGUACGAAGAGUUAGCCAAGCAAUACCCUGAUCACUGUCUGAUCCACUCGGCCUAUUUGCAAGUGAUUGAUCCAUUGGACAAGAAAAUACUUCCUGGGUCUUCCCAUACUUGUAAGCCUGAAGACCUCAAUGCAGUUAUUUCAAUUUGUAAUAAUGUUAUAGAGAGUGUCAAUGAAGAAUCUAUUUUGGCUUACAUGGCUACCAAGACUGAUUUAAGGAAUGAUGCUAACAAAAUUAAAAGUGUAAUGGAACAGCAAAAGAAUGUCUAUAUAGAAUGCUUGUCAAGAAAAGGCAUUGCUCUGUGUCGCCUGAAAACCACCAACGAAGAAGAAAAAGAUGAAGAAAUUCCAGAAAUUUGGAAAUCCUUGGUCAAAUUCAUUGAUCCAAGUGACGCCAAGGUACGCAUUUGUUAAUUUUCUGAGCACUUCAAGGAUGUCAAGAGACGACAAUGGGCAAAUGUGCGACGACCCUUAGAAGUACAGUGCAGAUAUCACUAAUAUUGCCUAAACCACAGAUUCCUUGUUCCAAACGAAUUAAAUGACUUUCUUUCAAUUUUACAGACAGCUGCAGCUGAUCCAAACAUUACUUUUAAAAUCAUUUAUACUGUUAGACGUUCUCUUAAAUAUGGUUUGAUUUGACUCAUUCUUUUUACUUGAAACCUAAUACGAAGGCGUAGGAAGUAUAUAGUCAAUCUACUUGAUGUCAUUUUUUAUACAGGGUGGCCCAACGAAAAGGUCGCACGCCUAUUUGUGACUCUCCUGGUAUAUUUUGGGAAAAACUCGGACACGUCAAUUUUGAUUUAUAGGGUCUUUUCAUCUAUAGAAUAUGAUACAGGGUAGUCCAAAAAUUACAUAUUGCAUUAAACUUUAGAAUUUUCCAAGAAAUUUUUAGUAACUUUUGUACAAUAAAUUUUAUAUCUUCAAUUGUUGUGAAGCUAUUUGAAUUCAUAAUAAAAUUCGGCUAACUUAAUACUGAUAAUAAUAGAAUAUACGGCAAAAAUAAUACCAGAAAGAAAAUUUAGCAUAUCAAUCUCAUUUCAAAUUGUUGAGUUACCAACCUUGUUGUGAUAAGUAUUGAACAAUGACUUACUCAAUUGGGAGCAUUGCAAGAGCUACUGCCCGGUUGUUUAAUGCGUUACAUCCAGACAAAAUAUUAACGAUAAGUAUGUGGCUAAGUUGAUAAGAACAUUUGAAGAAACUGGAUCUGUGCCGUAAUCGUCAUCGAGAAAGUCGACCAGUUAGAAGUGAAGCCGCAGAAAUAGCAGUUUUGGGACACGUAGCACUUCACAAAACUUAAAGCACUCGUGGACUGGCUAUUUCUUCAGGAUUUACACAUUCAACAGUACAAGUAAUGUUUAAAGACAAUACAUUUUACCCGUACAAGUUGAAACUUGUUCAUGAGCUUAAUGAAGACGGUUGGAGUUUUGCGAAUUAAUGUCCCAACGUUUAAUCAACAAUGCCAAUCUGUUAUUUAAUAUUUGUUUGUCGGAUAAGUGUACGUUCUGUUUACAUGGUGCUGUGAAUAGAAAUAAUUGUCGAUAUUGGAGAGACUAGAAUUCACAUUUGUUUCUAGAGGUACACUCGCAAUAUCAUGAAGAAACAAAUGUGUAGGCCGGCAUUUUUCAAUACCUUUGUUAUUAUCAUUCUUAAAAAAACUAUAGUUCUUGAAACAAUACUUGCGGCUUUUCAGGUGGUGCCAAGCCACGUGGCA